CACCAACAUUUAAGAGCGAGCCUCUAAAGGACCCUAGCAGGAAAGUUUAUUGUGAUGGGGAGUCGCCGCACACUAAAAGCAGUUCUCAUUGACUUGAGCGGUACUUUGCAUAUUGAGGAUGCUGCAGUUCCUGGAGCACAGGAGGCUUUGGCCCGAUUAAGACAGGCUCCAGUCACUGUGAAAUUUGUGACCAACACCACAAAGGAAUGUAAGAGGACCCUUUUUGAGCGGCUACGCCGGCUGAACUUUGAACUCCAAGAGCAGGAAAUUUUCACAUCUCUCACUGCAGCUUGUAAUCUUCUGGAGCAGAGAGCAGUGCGCCCCCUACUGCUGGUGGAAGAUAGUGCUUUAGAGGAUUUCACAGGUUUGGAAACGUCGGAUCCUAAUGCAGUCGUGAUAGGUUUAGCACCUGACCACUUCAACUACCAGACUCUCAACAAAGCUUUCAAGUUAAUCUUAGAUGGUGCUCCUCUCAUUGCGAUCCAUAAGGCACGGUACUACAAAACAAAGGACGGGUUGGCUCUAGGACCGGGCCCUUUUGUGACAGGUCUCGAGUAUGCGACUGAUAGCCAAGCCACAGUUGUGGGUAAACCAGAGAAAUCUUUCUUCCUGGAAGCUUUACGAGAUCUGAACUGCUCACCUGAUGAGGCUGUGAUGAUAGGAGACGAUGCCAGAGAUGAUGUUGGAGGAGCACAAAACACAGGAAUGCUUGGAAUUUUAGUGAAAACUGGUAAAUAUAGACUUGGCGAUGAGAGUAAAAUCAACCCUCCACCUCACCUGACCUGUGACAGCUUUCCAGAUGCUGUCAAUUAUAUACUUGAGCACCUAUUAGAAAACUAAAUGAUCUAAAAAUGCUAUAAAAAAUUAAGGUAUGUAUAGUUUGAUCAUUGUUGGACUGUCUGUUAUGAAUUGUCUAUAAUUGUCUGACAAUGUUAGCAUUUGUCAUGGUCAUCUGAAAAUAUGUAAAUACAUAAUAAAGUGGUUACACUCCAUUCUUGAUGUAGGUCUGGCUAACCAGGCUAGACAAUUGCACUUUUUUGAAAUAUAUGGUUUAUUACGGUACUUUCUUGCUUUCCGUCUGCCAAUCGCUGCUGUUUGUGGAGAGCUGAAGGGAAAGCGCGUUAGGUUCAAGUGCAUCGCAGCAAAGAGCAAUAUUAAAGUCUAAAAUAUAAAAUUGUGUAACACUAAAGUUGACACGCUGUUGGUGGCUCGUGACUCGACGGCCCAAGUUGAUUUUCAAUAAAGCAGCAUUGAUUUUU